GCAAUUCAUGAAAUAACGAGCUAGCCAACGUCAACAUUUAAAGCAAUAGAUGGUCACUUGUUGUCAUUGCAGUUGAACAAAUUCGCCCACUCACGAAUUCAGAGUCGUUAGCUUCCCUGGUCAUAGAGAAAACUGUUGGCGUUCUCGAAAUUCUGUUCGGAACAAAAUGGUACAUAGUACUUGUGCUAGAUUUAAAGGAGCACGCGUCUGAUUUUGUGGUUGAUGCUGAAUCAACUGAUUCUCCAGAUGAUGGAACACCACUAACACCAUCAGCUGACUCAUCAUCAAAUCCUUCGACCGUUAGCACCUCUCCUAUAACUGAGCCAAAGAAGAUCCGCUCGUAGUGUCCUCUAGACAUUUGACGCUCGCCUCGCCUGUUUUCAAAGCCAUGUUACGAGGAAACUUUCAGGAAGGUCUCAAGCUGAAAGAAGCUGGCAAAGUUGAGAUACCGCUCCCGGAUGAUGAUUCUGCUGCGUGGAACAUCUUGCUCAAUAUCAUCCAUGGCCGGUACAUGUCCAUUCCACUCCAACUCAAAUUACAAGUAGUGACCCAAAUCGCUGUCUUGGUCGACAAGUAUAGAAUGCAUGAGGUUGUUUAUCUAUUCCUUCCCACUUGGAGGAAAGCAAUGGACUAUCCACCUACCGGCUGGGAAGAUAUAGUAGAUUGGAUUUGUAUAUCAUGGUCUUCGAACUGGAAGAAGAGUUUCGGGAGCUCACCGAGAAGGUGCAACUAGACUGCGUCAAAACUUUCGAAUCUACAAUUAGAUUCUAUAAUUUAGAUAACCUUCCCAUACCCCAAUUGAUCAUUAGCAAGUUCUCUUCCUUCAGUAUAGAUAGAAUAUCGACUGACAGAAAACAAAGACAGAAUCGAUGUAUCUCGCCGGAAAGCGAUCGGAAAGGGGCUUUAGAUAUCCUCGGAGAUAUGAUCUCACAAUACCAAAACUCAAUCACCAAUUGCAAUUGUUCUGGUUUUCGACGCAAUGAUCUAAUAGACGGACUGAAAGCACAUAGAAGGUGGUGUGAUAUAAUGGUUCAUGGGAGUCUUGUAAGAUCUGCUACACUUGAAAACAUCUACCCUAUUCCACUGGCUCCACACGAAUGGCUUUCUUUCUCUGAUUUGCAAUCAAAAAUAAGCCGUCUCGAGAUUUUCACAGCAUGUUACAUAUUAAUGAAACACACCUCAUGGAACCAUAAAAUUCACCAAAAUCUGAUUGCAUCGACCAAUUCCGCUGGAGAUGAGUUAGUUGAGCUUUUUCUGGAACCCAUUAAGAUUCACAAGAUGAAGCUACAGUGGCCAACUCAAUAGCACUGGGUGGUCGUUAAUGAAGGUGAUAAGUCCAGCAAAUGGAAAACAAUCAGGGCAUCUUGCCACAUAGAUUACUGGGUGUUGA